AUGGCCACGGUCAUACAAUGGGUGCUUGAUACGCGAAAACUAUGGCCAGAAGCCGCCACGACGGCCGAGUUGGAGCACGUGGCUGCGCGCGCCAUGAACCUGCUGCUCGAUACCGAGCGCGACGCCGUUCUCCGCUACUACCACGUCCGCGACGCCAAGCUCGCGCUCGGCUCCGCGCUCCUCAAGCGUCUCGUCAUUGCCCAGCACGUCCCCGGCGUCGCCUGGGACGCGGCCACGGCGGUGCGCGACCCGCACACCAAGCCCGUCUUUUACCACCCGGCGGGUUCUCCGACUCGCCAGCCGCUCCUCUUCAACGUCUCCCACCAGGCCGGGCUGGUGGCGGUGCUGGCGGCGCGCGGCGCGCCCGACGGCACGCAGCUCGGCGUUGACGUUGUGUGCCCCGGCGAGCGGCGCGCGCGCGACCUCGAGGCCCUCCGCACGGACGGGUGGGCCAAGUACGUGGAAAUGCACGACUCGGUGCUGUCGCCGGUGGAAGCGCGGCGGUUGCGUAAUGUCUCGGCGGAGGGCUCGUCGUUUGAGCAGGGCGCAGAUCGCAGGCUCGCCUACUUUUAUGCGCUGUGGUGCUUGCGCGAGGCAUAUGUCAAGAUGACGGGCGAGGCUCUGCUGGCGAGCUGGCUCGGCGACCUGGAGAUGCGCGGAUGGGCGCCGCCGCCGCCGUCGGGGGACGCGUCCGACGAAGGCCGGCUUGAGGUCUUUUUCGGGCCGGGGGGUGGUAAGCGGGUGGAGGACGUGGAUCUGCGAAUCGAGUGGUUCUUGGGAAGAGAGUACAUGAUUUCGACGUCGGUUCGCAACCCGGAUCCCGGUGCGCCGCUGCAGCUGGGCAAGUUUGAAUUGCUAGAUCUGGAUACAGUUUUGAGGCAGGCGGAGGAGCUCAAAGCUACAAGAUAG